AUGUCUGGACUUCAUACUCUCCCACGUCUGACGAGAAGCGUUAAAUGCCGUCCUCAACUCUCCAUACGACAAGCACGACCUUUCUCAGCAUGCUCGCGGUGUCAAACAGAUGGCGUCUACCAAGAGCUCACAGCCAUGCGAACACGAAUGCCCUUCAUCGAAGCACUCAGAGCGCAACAGGAUAACAAAGAUGCAUCCAAUAAACCUGCAACACCAAAUCCAGCAUCUCGAGAUUUAACCCCAAAAAGCAUGGAAGACAGCUACGUUAAAGUCAUCUUACCGCUUGCACGAGACCCAUGGCUUUUGGAUCGCUAUAUCAGCGCGUCCGGUCAUAUUAGACUUGGAACGCUUUUCAUGGAUCUCGAUGCUUUGGCUGGUGUGGUUGCUUAUAAGCAUACUGGGGAUGCAGUCAUGACUGUCACUGCUGCUGUGGAUAGGAUCACCCUUCAGAGACCUUUGAAAGAAAUUUGUGAUUUGGAAUUGAGUGGACGGGUUACAUUUGCUACGGGAAGAAGUAGUAUGGAAGUCUCCCUCCAAGUCGCGAAAGCACCUGCGGAGGGUCAGGCAGCACAAGAAGAUGAUAUCCUAAUGACCUGCGCUUUCACCAUGGUAUCACUCGACCCAACAACCAAAAAAUCCGUCCCAAUAAGCCCACUAAACCCCACAACACCAGAAGAAAAGAAACUCUUCGAUCAAGGCCAAAAGAACUACAAUCUAAAGAAAGCCGCUUCAAAACUCGCGCUAAGGAAACAGACGCCCAAUGACGAAGAAUCAGAUCUCAUCCACGCGUUAUGGCUUCAGCAACUCGGAUGGCAUGAUCCCAAUACGCAACAUCGGAAACCGGAUAAUGCGUUGAGUAUGGCGAAGACGCAGAUUCAGAGUGUACAGAUUAUGCAGCCGCAGUAUCGCAAUCGACACAAUUUCAUGAUCUUCGGCGGUUUCCUCCUAAAAUCCACAUUCGAACUCGCAUUCACAUGUGUAGCAUCAAUGUCCCAUACCCGACCUACAUUCAUCGCGCUCGAUCCGUCUACAUUCGAGAAUCCGGUCCCCGUGGGAUCGGUGUUGUAUCUCACUGCCACGGUUGCUUAUACGGAUAGUCCGUUGUUAGAUGAGGGCGUCGUAGGCAGUGAGACUGGUAGAGCGCUGAGGGAUCGGAAAGUUAGUGCGGAGGGGAUGACGAGGGUUCAGGUUAGGGUUGAUAGUAAGGUUAAGAGUGUCGAGCAUGAUGGGGAGACUAAGGGGACGGGAGUUUUCAAUUAUACGUUUGAGGUAAAGAAGGAUAUCAAGGUUGUUCCGGAGACUUAUGCGCAGAUGAUGAUGUUUUUGGAUGCGAGACGGAGGUGUAUUCAUUUAGAUAAUAAGUCGGAUGUUGCUGGUGAGGGAGAGCAGGCUCAGGAGGGUUUGAUGACUUGA